UUCAUUUGACAACAUGUCAGGUUGCUAUCUAGUUAGCUAGCCUGCAGGAUAAAUUCAUUCACAAUGGGCAGAAAUAAAUAGAUACGGGUUAUUUAACAGCGAUUAAGAAGAUAUGGUGUUGCAACGUGAACGAUUGUCUUGCUUUUAGCUGAGUUCGCUUCAGUCAAAAGUCAUCGAAAGCAGCACAAUCAAAAGAGAAGACUAAGAGUGUGCCAUGGCGGCUGGUGUUAGCCUGCUGACUGAUGUGCCCUACUCUUCCUCUGGGGACCUCAACACAGGCAACAGCAUGAACACAGUCAGUACUCGGGUCCCCACAGCCAAGUACACCAAGGUGGGGGAGACUUUGAGACAUGUGAUCCCAGGUCACAUGCAGUGCUCCAUGGCGUGUGGAGGGAGGGCCUGUAAAUACGAGAACCCGGCCCGCUGGAGUGACAAGGAGCAGGCCGUUAAGGGACUGUACUCCUCAUGGAUAACUGACAACUUGCUGGCGAUGGCAAGGCCUUCUACUGAAAUCCUUGAGAAAUACAAUAUCAUAGAGCAGUUUACAAGGUGUGGCCUUCGUACGGUGAUCAACCUGCAGCGUCCCGGGGAACACGCCAGCUGUGGCAACCCUCUGGAACACGACUCUGGAUUCACCUACAGACCUGAGAUGUUCAUGGAGGCUGGCAUUUAUUUCUAUAACUUUGGCUGGAAGGACUACGGCGUGGCGUCCCUGACUACUAUACUGGACAUGGUCAAGGUGAUGUCGUUCGCCAUCCAGGAGGGAAAGAUGGCCGUGCACUGUCACGCCGGCCUAGGGAGGACAGGUGUAUUACUGGCGUGUUAUCUGGUGUUCACCUCUCGUAUGAGUGCGGACCAGGCCAUCCUGUUUGUCAGAGCCAAGCGGCCCAACUCCAUCCAGACCCGAGGCCAGCUGCUGUGUGUCCGGGAGUUCGCCCAGUUCCUGGUUCCGUUGAGGAACGUGUUCUCCUGCGCAGAACCCCGAGCCAACGCUGUUACGCUGUCCCAGUACCUGACUCGCCAACGCCACCUGCUGCACGGGUACGAGGCGCGGCAGAUGAAGAACGUGCCAAAGAUCGUCCAGCUGGUCUGCAAGGUCCUCCUGGACAUCGCUGCCAAUAGACAGGUGGUGGUGGAGGAGGCGGUGUUGGAGGUUCCAGACCUGACGGCGGAGGUGGAGAAGACAGUGUCCCAGCAGGCCAUCCAGCUGCUGGGGAAGGAGAUGAGAGGGAAGGGCAUCCCUGUGCCUUCACCCUGCCUGCCUUGUCCCCGCCACGAGACAGCCCUAACCCAGCCUUGUCCCCGCCCUGAGACAGCCCUAACCCAGCCUUGUCCCCACCCUGAGACAGCCCUAACCCAGCCUUGUCCCUGCCCUGAGACAGCCCUAACCCAGCCUUGUCCCCGCCCUGAGACAGCCCUAACCCAGCCUUGUCCCCGCCCUGAGACAGCCCUAACCCAGCCUUGUCCCCGCCCUGAGACAGCCCUAACCCAGCCUUGUCCCCACCCUGAGACAGCCCUAACCCAGCCUUGUCCCCACCCUGAGACAGCCCUAACCCAGCCUUGUCCCCGCCCUGAGACAGCCCUAACCCAGCCUUGUCCCCGCCCUCAGACAGCCCUAACCCACACACUACACAUGGAACGACCUCUCACUCCAAACCUAGCACUACUCCAGGAACCAUCGUUACUCUUAGAGCCCCCUCUCAGCCCAGCCCUGGCCCACGACCCGGUUCUGUCCAGUGACAAGGAGCUGGACCCUCUGUGGCAGCGGCAGAAUGGGGUGGCUGCCUCCCUCCUGAAGCCUCUGCAUCCGGGGAAACGCUUGCUGAGUUACAGUGACUCAGCCUUGUAUAAGCUAGACCCCAGACGAGACCCAGACCAGGAGCAGAACCAGAACCACAUCUGGAGCAUCCCUUGCGGCAAUCCUCUGACCCAUCACCAGCUAGCCACAGCCUGGGAGCCCCCCACAUCCCCUAGCCUCCCUCCACAGCACCACCCCUUCUCCAUGGGAGAGCAGACAAGGGAGGAGAGGCGAGGAGGACAGGAAAGGAGUUCUAAGGAGAGUGAUCACCACACCCAGAAGAACAUGUCUCCUCUCUUCCAGAGACGGAAGCAGCUCUGCGAGGGCCAGCGAAGUCUGUCCUUUGGGUUUGGGGGUAGUCUGUCCAAGCCCUCAGGAGAAGAGCUGUCAGAGGGGAGGCCGUGGAGAGGAGAUAUGCCUGUGAUGAGCCUUACAGGAGGAGAGGAGUCUGUGUGUGGGGUAGACAGGGCUGGAGACAGAGAGGAAAGAGUGAGGGGGAAGGCUGGAGAAAGAGAGGACAGAGAGGAACGGAAGGACAGAGAGGACAGGGAGAGGCUGACAGAGGUCCCUGUCAUCACCCUGUAUGCUGAGCUGUCCCUGGAAGCCAGACGUCUGCUGGUGGCCAGAGCUCUGGCUUUGGGCCUGAAUGAUGAAGAUCUCCACUACAAGGUCUCAGUGUGGCAGACAGAGCUGAACUCCAGAGAAGGAGCCUGGGAGAGGCUGAGUCUAGAGAGAGACCCUAUGGUGCUGGCUGGUCUCAUGUGGUCCUGGCUGGAGCAGCUCAAAGAACCAAUCAUCUCCUCUCAGGAUGUCCAGGCCCUGGGCCAGAAAAACUACAACUCUCAGCAUGCACUCAAUUCUCUGGAGAAGGGCCACAGACUGACCCUGCUCUGCAUCCUGGACUGUGCUGCUCAUCUGCUGGCCUUACCUGACAAGGAGGAAGCUGACUUCCUCAAUCACACCAUCAAGGUGUUCACUAAGAUCUCCUCAGAGAGGGACCAUGUUCUACACCAGACACUGAUGGCCACCCUAACUCCCAUCCUGCAUCAGCUGAGAGACAGAGCCGAGGAGGAGAUGGAGUCGACCAACCACUCCUCCUGAUGUUCCCUUGGACCUCUUCUCUCUCCCCCCACCCCCCCUGUUCUUUGCGUCUAGUUUAACCCAGCUCUGUUUUGACCAGCUAACCUCCUCCCGCCUCUGCUCCCCUUCUUUCUCUCUCCUGGCCCAACGUUAAAGGAAAACUCCACCCAAAACUUUAUUUUGGAAUUUGUUUCAUUAGUCCAUUGUUGACAUAGUCCCAAACUGUUUUGCUUGUCAGCAAUCAAGUUUUUAAUUUAUGUAACUUUCAAAAUGCAUCAUAUGGGGAUGAUUUCUGUAUUUUGAAAGUUACAUAUCUUGGAAACUUGAUUGCUGACAAGCAAAACAGUUUGGGACUAUGUCAACAUUGGACUAAUGAAACAAAUACCAAAAGAUAGUUUUGGGUGGAGCUCUGUCCUGACUAGCUAACGGACGAUACUGCUGCUGCCCUGCGUUCCCUACUGUUACCAAGCUUUAGAUGAAAUAAUGAUGAUGUUGUAUGACAACGUGAUGUGAUUUCAGCAUCAAGGUUUGUUUUUGUUUGUUUUUAGCUAUUUCUUACUGUUCGUUUUUUUUAAAUGUAAAACUGCCAUACUGUGUUAAUGUGCCAGGUGAUGUUUCAGCUACAUGACUUAGUGUUCUGAUCUCAUCCAUCUACUACUGUAGGUGUUGCUGUGGAAAUGGAUGGUAGUCCCAAAUAGCACCCUAUUCCCUAUAUAGUGCACUACUUUAGACCAGGGCCCUAUUUCCUAUAUAGUGCACUACUUUAGACCAGAGCCCUAUUCCCUAUAUAGUGCACUACUUUAGACCAG